UGAAGCGAUGAGUUAAAUCUAAUAUAACACAUUUCAUCUCUUUUCAAUCCAUAGAUCACGUAUAACCUCAUCUCUUUAACAUCUAUCAAGUGUUACUUCCCACGCAUCUCUACACCUACAAAAUACCAAAAAUACAAAAACAAACUGUUCAUUAUUCAACGAAAUUAAAUUUUAUUAUAUCAGAAUUAACACUAAAAAUGACCAUUUGGUUAAGUAACUAAAACAUAAUUUUUAAUUGGAAAUUAGUUAAUUAAAAUGAAUUACGAUUAUAAUAACUCGAACUUCCGACGUAAAAAUUUUACCCAAAGAGGCAAAUUCGAUAAAUCUCCCGGCAAAUACAAGCAGAAGGUUAUGUUAUUAAAGCAAAUGAUCAGGGAAUAUGUUCACGAGAAUGCAGCUUUAAUUGAUGAAUUGGAAGAAGUGCAAAUAAACACAAUAAUACGCAAGGAAGAGAGGAAAUUCUUGCUGAGGAAAUUAUGCGAAUACGAACCACAGGUAGCCCUCGAAGUCCAGAACGCCGCAAAAGAGAGUUUCCCUCAGUCCAAUUCAGUUUCCGGAACUCCAACCGAUCCGAAGAAACCCAGGCGAAAAGGCCAUACAGAAAAGAGGCCGUCUAGCAGGAAAAGCUCUUCUAAAAGCAGGAAAAAAAUCGUCCAGCCCAUUCCGGUCGAUCACAACGGCAAGCCGGUGUUUCCCAUAGAAUUAGGACGCUUAACCGUACAUUCCUUAGGCGAAGUCGUACAUAAUAAACCCGAUUUUCACACGGAAUUUUCCAUUUAUCCAGCCGGAUACGUCUCGACAAGGGUCUAUGGAAGCUUGCAAGAUCCCACUCAGAAAUGUAUUUACACAUGCAAGAUAUCCAAUGCCAAUGACAUGCCUAGGUUUGAGAUAGCUUCAGACGACUGGAAUCCCCCAAUAACAGGUGACACUCCGGACGUUUGCCAUUCCCUGCUGCUCCAGAGAAUCAACGAUUCCCUUUCGCUGAACGUGGUGAGCACGAGGCCCAGAGGACACGAUUUCUUCGGAUUGACUCACCCCACCGUCCAGCACCUGAUCCAGAAUUCCAACGGUGCCAGGCGUUGUUCCAAUUACAAAUGGAUCAAAUUCGAGGUGUCCAGAGAAGCGUCCAGAAACAGUCAGGCUUACGCUGACGAUAACGAUGCGGGGUUGAGUUACGAGUACUUGCAGAGGAGCAUCAAUUACUGCAAGUACAAAAUGGCGCCGGAUGUUUUACAGAGGCCCGAGGAUUUUGUAGAUUCAAAGGAUAAUUUGGUGUUGUUUUAGAUUGUAGGGAGUAAUAAAUAGGCAUGAA